UCCACUCCCGCGACCAAAAAUCUCUCCCCAAAAUCUACGGGGAGCCCUGCCGUGGUGGAAUCCUAAACCCCUCCUCGUCGCCGUCGUCGCCGGCGGCGGAUGGUGGAUGCUCCCAUGGCGCUCGUCUCCACCACCGCCACCGUCGCGUCGCCGUCGUACCACUACGACCUCCUGCUCCCGCCCGCGAGGAGGUGGUGCUGCAGGCCGAGGAGCCGGCGCGGGGGCGGGAGGCGGCUCGCGGUGGUGGCCACCGCGAGGGUGGAGUCGGCGGCGGCGGCGGUGGAGAAUGGAGGGAACUCUUACGAGGUGGAGUCACUGAUCGACCGGCUGAGCAACCUGCCGCCGCGGGGGUCCAUCGCGCGGUGCCUCGAGACGGCGCGACACCGGCUCACGCUGCAGGACUUCGCGGCGGUGUACCGCGAGUUCUCCCGCCGCGGCGACUGGCAGCGGUCGCUCCGGCUGUUCAAGUACAUGCAGCGCCAGUCGUGGUGCCGCCCCGACGAGCACAUCCACGCCAUCGUCAUCGGCGUGCUCGGCCGCCAGGGCCCCGCCCUGCUCGACAAGUGCCUCGAGGUAUUCCAUGACCUCCCCGCCGAGUCGCGCACCGCGCUCUCCUACACCUCCCUCAUCGCCGCCUACGCGCGAAACGCGCUGCACGAGGAGGCCCGCGAGCUGCUCGACCAGAUGAAGGCCGCCGGGGUCGCGCCAACCGCCGCCACGUACAACACCGUGCUUGCUGCCUGUGCUCGCGCCACCGACCCGCCGGUUCCGUUCGACAUGCUGCUUGGCCUCUUCGCUGAAAUGCGUCAUGACCCGUCCCCCUCCGUUCGUCCAGAUCUCACCACCUACAACACCCUCCUCGCCGCUGCUGCCGUACGCGCUCUCUCUGACCAGUCGGAGAUGUUGCUUCGCACAAUGCUCGAGGCCGGUGUCUUGCCGGACACAGCAUCUUACCGCCACAUUGUUGAUGCCUUUGCCAGUGCUGGCAACCUCUCCCGUGUGGCAGAACUGUUCGCUGAGAUGGCUGCAACGGGGCACACUCCGGACCCAUCUGCAUAUCUUGGGCUCAUGGAAGCUCACACAAGGGUCGGUGCCACUGCUGAAGCAGUGGCUGUGCUGCGGCAGAUGCAGGCUGAUGGCUGUCCGCCCACAGCUGCGACAUACCGUGUCUUGCUCGAUCUCUAUGGCAGACAGGGGAGGUUUGAUGGCGUGCGUGAGCUUUUCGGCGAGAUGAGAACGGCUGUACCUCCAGACACAGCCACUUACAAUGUCCUGUUCCGUGUUUUUGGUGAUGGUGGCUUCUUCAAGGAGGUGGUGGAGCUCUUCCAAGAUAUGCUUCACUCUGGGGUAGAGCCUGAUAUUGAUACAUGUGAAAAUGUCAUGGUUGCCUGUGGUCGCGGUGGACUCCACGAGGAUGCAAGGGAAGUUCUUGACUAUAUGACAAGAGAAGAAAUGGUGCCUACUGCUAAGGCCUACACUGGCCUAGUUGAAGCUCUUGGCCAUGCAGCUAUGUAUGAGGAGGCUUAUGUUGCAUUCAACAUGAUGACUGAAAUUGGUAACUUGCCAACUAUAGAAACCUACAAUGCUCUUGCAAAUGCAUUUGCAAAGGGUGGCCUUUUCCAGGAGGCUGAGGCCGUCUUUUCUCGAAUGACCAACAAUGCUGCUAUUCAGAAAGACAAGGAUUCUUUCGACGCCCUCAUUGAAGCGUAUUGCCAGGGUGCACAAUUAGAUGAUGCAGUCAAGGCGUACAUGGAGAUGCGCAAGUCCAGGUUCAAUCCAGAUGAACGCUCCCUUGAGGGGGUACUCAAUGCCUAUUGCAUAGCAGGCGUUAUAGAUGAGAGCAAAGAGCAGUUUGAAGAACUUCAGUCCAUGGUGACUGUUCCUAGCAUUAUUGCUUAUUGCAUGAUGUUGUCUCUUUAUGCCAGGAAUGACAGGUGGGCAGAUGCUUAUGAUCUGUUGGAAGAAAUGAAAAGAAACUGUGCUAGCAGUACACAUCAAGUGAUUGCUUCCAUGAUCAAAGGGGAGUAUGACGAUGACUCCAAUUGGCAAAUGGUUGAAUAUGUGCUUGACAACAGUAACUUAGAAGGCUGUGACUACAGUUUACGAUUUUUUAAUGCACUCCUCGAUGUCCUUUGGUGGUUCGGCCAGAAGGGUCGAGCUGCAAGGGUUUUGGAUCAAGCAUUGAAAUAUGGGCUCUUCCCUGAGUUAUUUCGUGAUACCAAGCUGGUCUGGUCUGCCGAUGUGCAUAGGAUGUCAGUAGGUGGAUCAUUAGUGGCUGUGUCAGUGUGGCUCAAUAAACUUUAUGACAGACUAAAAGGAGAUGAAGAUCUUCCUCAGUUGGCCUCCGUUGUUGUCUUGAGAGGACAAAUGGAGAAAAGCACGAUUACAAGGGGACUGCCGAUUGCAAAAGUUGUGUACUCUUUUCUAAAUGAUACACUAUCGUCAUCCUUCCAUUACCCAAAAUGGAACAAGGGACGAAUCAUAUGCUUGAAGUCACAGUUGAAAAAGCUUCAAUCAGCCAUAGAUUCCUUCGAUGAUUCUGCCAUAUCUGGUUUUGUUCCGAUGACAAAUUCGAAUUUGCCAUCUCCUGGUUCGAAGUUAUACACUAGGGAAUCCCAAGCUAAUAAUGGUGCUGCCCAUUUGACUGAUGACACAUUGGUAGAAGAAAAGGAGUCAGAACUCCUCGCACUGUGAGUUUUCAGGAGGUGGUGCCUCCUUCUUUUGCAGAUGUGAUGUUAUCUGACUGAACAAUGGAAGAUGAGAUGCAGAAUAUCUCACAAUUUUGAAGCAUGGGCAUUCAGAUGAAUCAGAUCAUCCUGAUGUACGAUGAAAUGGCCUUACCUCUGCAGUUUGCAGUGCUCUCUUGCUUCACUGUACGCGGUGGACAUCAUUGCAAGUUUGCAAUAUCUAGAUCUUACCCAGAGAGCUGGUGCAUAUGCAUUAUGCAAGAGAUCCUGAUACCGGAUUGGCGCUAACUUGAUUGACAGUGCAGGACUUCCGGUUGCAUUUCAGGAUGUAGCAUUUAGUAAGGAAGUAGGGACUAGGGAGUAUCAGAGUAUGCGUGUCGUUAUUGGUUGCUCACUUGUUCUAUAUGACAUCUCGUGCCUGCCCCAUUGGGCAAGAAUGAGUCUUUGAAUUCUGUCGAUAUAUGAUGCAACACUGUAAUACACCGUAGCUUCCUCAUCCUGAUGAGUCGGCAAAAUCCAUGAGCCAUCGAUACGUUUCUUAUGGACAUAAUGUCAGGAGCUCGUGUCGCUGUCUGUAUGGUUGCUUGAUCUUUUCAAUAGAAGCUGCUUUCUGGGGGAAAAAAGAAUAUUCGUGUGUGU